AUGUCAGCCUCUCCUCUCCCACCAACAUAUACACCCCCACCAAAGUCCCGGACGUCCAUCCCAGGUCGUCUGGACUAUCGUCGCCUCCUCUUCACCCUUCUCAGUCUCCACUCAUUACACUCCUUCUCCUCCAUAUCAAAACCAUCAUCAUCACUCUUCGCCGAUGCGGCGAUAUCAUGCACAUAUCCAAACUACUUGACCGAGGUCAAGGCCGGAGACACCUCAGUCCUCUCCUGGCAGGUUUCGAACGUGGACAUCGCUAGCUACGACAGUCUAUCGGCUACCCUCUACUGCAUGGAUCUCAACGGUCCACAGGGUGGGAUGUGGAGAACCAUCAAGACCAUCUUCUCGAACAAGGGUCUCGUCAGCACCCAAGGCGAAGUCAAGUUCUCGGUCCCCAACUGCGGUGCCCUGGCUAACAACGCCGCUAUUCGAAUCGUCGCACUCGGUCAAGGGUCUGCUACCCAAAACGAUGCCUGCUAUUUCCAGAUGGAUACCAAGGCUGCCGUCAAUCCUCUUCCUACCACUACUACUACCACCACACAAGCAGUCGUUCAACCCACUACGACAGCCACUAAAGAUCCUCCCGUAGUCACUACUAAUAAUCCCACAGGAACUCUUCUCCCACCAAUGACCCCUCCCGGCACUAUUUCCACCAUCUCGGGCCAACCCCCUACGACAGCAACGACACUCACAAACGGUUCUCCUUCAGUAAUGCCCACCAUCGUCACGACCAUCUCCGGCACUGUUAUCAGCAUCCCUUACCCUCCUACCAAGCCCUAUCCACCACUCCCACCGUUACCUCCUGUCGAGGUGCCACCGUCUUCAAGUGGCGGCGGCAAUGGUCAGACCAAAACGCUCCUGGCGAGUAUCUGCUCGGCCGCUGCACUCGUGAUCAUUGUCUCGCUCUUGGUCCUGAGAAGGCGGAGGUCAAUGCGACAAGGUGGACGCGGUAUCAAUGGAAGCCACGGAGUCAAGCUGCCCCAUCUCAAGCUCCUUCGCAACCGCAGCAAGUCCGAUCAGAAGGAGGGCCGCUUCCACCUCAUGGACGACGAUGAUGACUAUAAUAACCCUGAGAUCGAUCGACAGGUCGCCACCGCCGCCGCGUCGAAAUAUCUUCAGCGGUCCCCGUCCCAAGUCCAGCCUCCUCCUGAGCCUGUCCUCAUCGACCUCUCCGAACCGGCUGAGAAGAGUGAUCCACAGUCCGCGAGUCAUCGGGACUCGAGUCUUUCCUAUCCUCCCACGGCCCAUCUGGACCCUACCUGGCGCCGGUCAACCUCUUUCCCCUAUGACUGUGUUGACGAUGAGUACACCAUGUCAUCAAUGCGGUCAAGUUGUGAGACCUCCUCAGUAGUCCGCGAGUACUGGGCGGCCUCCAUGGCUGCCCGAACCGAACGUCGUCUUGAAGGCUACCCACCAACAAUCGACUUUUACGACGAGGGAUCAGUCUUUGGAGACCAACAGCGCCGGACGCCGUCCUUCUCGUCCAUGUCGCGUAAGGCCGAGAUCUUGACACUCGAUUCUGCGUCUAUUGCCGAGUCGAAUGUCCUCCCAGCAGAAGACGGAUUUCUAAAGCGCCACUACCGCGACACCAUGAACUCUGUCCAGAGCUACCUCCAGCGUUCCAUGACCAUGAGUCUCUCGAGUCUCCAUUCGACCUUUACAUCCUCAUCUGAAGAAGAGAACUCGAGUGUCGGUGGUGGUGGUGGGGUUGGUUACGCGCCAAGAUCGCGGGGCACCGGGUUCCGUCCUCCUAUCGAUAGCGAAUUCUUGAGCCACCUCAAUAUCAAGUCCCUCCGGAGUGAAGAACGCCAACUCGAAUACUACACUCACCUCUACCGCCAGAACCCGACCAUGACCAUGAGCACCGUCAACUAUGAUGAUGGCUACGAUGCCCCCGUAGCAUCAAUCGUGACGGGCACGGAUAAUGAUAGUUGGAGGACUAGUUCUGUCCCCUCGCUGACGUCGACCAACGACCCGUUCAAGACCUUUGAUUCGAACGAGAUCUUGCUGGAUAUGGAUCCUUUUGCCGACCAGCACGCCAUUUCCUUCCCUCCUCUUCCUUCUUCCUCUUCUUCUGGAAGACGUCCUUUGUCGAGCGGUUUUUCGUCCACUAAACGGAAUCCAGCGACCGUGGCAGGAAGUGGCAGUGGAUCGACAGAUACGACACCGACAAACAGCAGAGCGCUGAUGGUCGUUAACAUUUCCAGUCCUAGUCUAGUUGUGAAUGCUGAAGAAGAUGGGCGGUCCAACUCUACUCUCCUGGGCUCGUUCCCGAUCCCUCCUCCUAUCACAUCUGAAUCUGUGCUUGUCCGGUCGUCCUCUGGACAUUCUUCGUCUACUACCCGCAGCUCAUAG